AUGUGGGAGGAGGAGGAGGAGGAGGAGGAGGAGGAGGAGGAGGAGGAGGAGGAGGAGGAGGAGGAGGAGGAGGAGGAGGAGGAGGAGGAGGAGGAGGAGGAUUGUAGGGCUACUUCCGGCGGCACUGCUGUGGAAGCAGUGGCAUCACCAGGGGCGCCAGCCGCAUCACCAAUGCUGCUGGCAGCAGAUUGGGCGUUGGGCGAAUGGCAGGCGAAUGGCUCCCUCAGACUGGAGGGCCCUGAGAGAGGGAAGGACACUAAGAGCACGGGCAUGGCGGGAAGGGAAGGGCGCAUAGGCAGAGGGUAA